AUGGCCGUGUGGACUUUGAUAGCUGUGGCCGUCAGGAGCGCUAGGUCUCUCGGUCUUCACCAAGACCGAGGAGAUUCGAACACUAUCGGCGAAUCAUUUUUCGACCAACAGACACGGAAGCGACUUUGGCUGAUCAUCUGCUUGAUCGACAUCCAAUCAUCUGUCGCUCGGUUAUCGGAGCCUCUCGUUGAUUAUCGAGAAGCAGUCUCGGCCCUAGCCCACGUACAACAUAUCAAUGACUCCGACUUCGACCCUACAACAACAACUCCAGUUACUGACCGCGAGGGACUUACUGACACAACAUUUGCCCUCAUUAACUACCAAGUAGAGCUCGCGGGUAGUCAGCUAAUCCUUCCUUCUUCCGAUCUAGCUGGUGACAGAAAGACAAGCGCGAGGACCGGCGUGCUGGUGGCGUAUUCGAGUCAACCACAUGACCAGGAAAUACGAGAGUCGAAAGUUCGGCUCUUUGAGCAAGCAUCCCUUCGUCUGUUGCACUUUUGUAACCCCGAUUCUUCGGCAUAUACGUGGUUUACAUGGCAUAGUAUACAGUGCCUAGUAGCAGCAGUUCGGCUUGCGGCGCUGGGCACAUAUUCACGGCAAGCCAAACCCGUCCACAGACAUCGAACCAUGAUGGCGCAGCAAGCAAACAGUGCCGAGGGAAGCAGAAGAAAGUCGGACCUUCUACGCCGAGCGCUUGACUAUCUGAAGAAGAUGCAGAUAGUCCGAACAGACUCGCGUGGCGAGGGGUUUCGGUGGUAUUUGAACAUGCCUUGGUCCGCCCUAGCCAUAGCGAUUGUCGAAUGUAAUAUCUGCGCCGACAUGGCCCUUUUAAACCGUGCAUGGCCACUUGUCCAGGAGUGGUAUCAGGUUUACGAGAGCAGUGGAGACAUGGUCUUCUCGGCAGAGCUAGUCACAUUGAUGCAGCAGAUGCAAGCAACAUUCCAAGGGCAUCAUGGCAGCCAGCAGCCCAGCGGAGGGCAGAGUAUCCAAACUCCAAGUGGAUACUCUGUCGCAAACCUGACCUCUACUGUACUCCUGGCCACUGGUCUUGAUUGUGGAGAGGCUCCAAGUACAUCAACCGAGCCCCAUAUUUCUUUGACGGAUUUCGAAAAUGGGUUCAAGCCAGAUUCCAAUCCGUCAACACAUCUGCUAUCCCCAGUUGUGUGGGACGUAUCCUCCUAUAUAUAA